AUGAAAAAUUUUUAAGAUGCUAAUAAGAUAGAGAACGAUUUUUUGACCAAAUUUUUUCGAAAGAAUAGCAAUUUUUUCAAAGAUCUUCAAGAAAAAUUUAAAGAUCUUAUCACUGAGGUUAAUCCUUAUGAUACUAUAUUGAGAAUGGAAAUUUUAAAUAGACUAAUAUAUUGCUUGAUUCAAGUAAGAAAUAAAGAAGAAGCCUCCAAAUAUCUUGAAGACUAUGAAAAGUUAGUUUUGGCAUAUUAGUAAAAUCAAGGUUAUUAUUGCCAUUAGAACUAUCAUUGCUUCAAGAGAUGGUAAUUUUUGGUUAAGUACUAUGAUUAUUUCUAUCCAAACAAAUAUCAGAAUGGGAUGAUUCAUAAUCAUUCUUAAUAAAUGAUUGAAGAAAGAAAAAAAAUAUAAGAGAAAAAGAUACAGGAAGAUAUAAUAUCUGAGCUAAAGAAAUACGAAAAAGAAAAUAUGGAUUCAUAUAGCUAUAGAUACUUGCAAUACCUCAUGAAAUUCUUAUCAAGAUAACUUAAGCACAACCCAGAUCAAGGAAUAUAAGUGCUGAAAUAUGUAUUGUAAUGGAGAAAUAAAAUGGGAAAAUACUUUAGAAAAAUAAAUGAUGUACAUCUUACAUAUAGUGCAAAUUUCAUUCAAACCUUAAAACUCAUGAAUCUGUUAAAUGUAGAAAAAGUAAAGAUUGAUAAAUAUAUAAGGAAAAUCUAAACCAUAAUGCAUGGCAGAGUACCUAAAAUCUAUAUCGGCUCAUUUGAAUACAUUAAGCAAUUUCUUAUUCAGAGUCCUAAAAAAUGUUUAACCGACAAAGAGAAUAAAGAUUGUUUAAAAUUGAAGGAAAGCACAAGUAAACAGAAGUUUUUCAAUAAACUCUAAUAGUAACUCAAUUUAAUUAUAGAAAAUCCAGAAUAUUCUCAAUUAUUAUUCUAUGAAGAAGAAUAACAAUUUGAUAAUGAUUUAUAUUUGAAGAAUUAUGAGAAUCCCGAGGAUUUUAGAGAAGCAAUAUUAAAAAUAAAAGGAGAAAUCUUUCGUAAUAAUAUUCAAAAGAGACAGAAGUGCACUUACUUUGAUUUAAAAUGUUAGUUUGUUGAUGAAACUUUCUUGAAUGAUGAAGUUAGAUUUUCAAAAUUUAAGCAAGAUAAGGAAAAUAAGAGUAUUUUUUCAAACUGA